AGGGGCCCGAGGAUGGUGACAAGAGAAGACAGAUGGGGUAGACUGUGGUGAGGAGAGUGGAAACCUGCUCAGUCGGGGACAUAGGGAAUGCCAGAGUUUGUGAUCCUCAUUUCAAGGCCUGGAAGUCAGGACCUCAUAAGUACUGAAGCUGACUCGGGUACCCCGGCUGAGAGACCGGCUGUGUGAAGACUACUGGGGAAGGGGCCUGUGUCCUUUCUUGGGAUCAGAGAGUCUGGAUAGGUCAUCCCUGGAGUGCAAGGGCCCUGUGAGAGGAUCCUAAGGGAAGGAGAUAGUUCACUGCUCUGAGUGGAAAUGUUUAGGACCUCAGAGAAAGGGCCACCCCAGCAUGGUAAAAGGGCUGGAGACCCAGAGAGUUUUACCUCAGGAAACAAUCGGUGGGGAGAGGCAUUUGAGGUCUGUGGUAGUGUGAUGACCUGGGAAGGAGGGCUUCUCACUCUUAUCUAGUGGCUCAAACCUAUGCCAACCGGACUGCCAGCAGGAAAGCAGAGGAACGUCUGAGGGACCUCACAGAGCCGAGUCCACAAUGCGCAGGCACGAGGAAAAAGAUGCCGAGCUGGACCGUCGGAUAGUUGCCCUGCGCAAGAAGAACCAGGCCUUACUGCGCAGGUACCAGGAGAUCGAGGAAGAUCGUCGCCAGGCCGAGCAGGGGGGCAUGGCUGUGACCACACCAGCAGUCUUCCAACCUGACGGUCUCACAGUCACCAUCAGCCAGGUUCCUGGUGAGAAGAGGGUGGUCAGCAGAAACUGGGCCAGGGUGCCCCCUUCCCCUGGGAUGACUGGCGCCCUGACAGAUGAGGAUGCUGCAGCCUCAAUGGGCGUUUUCUGCAUGGGGGACCGGGUGGAACUAGCUGUGACCAUGGAGAACAAAGCCAAGGCCAAGCGGAUCGUAAGUGAAAAACCCACCACCCCAGCAAGGAACCCAAGGGCCAAGGGGACAUCUGGAGGAGGCCGGGGUCAGAGUUCUCCCCUGCAGGUGACUUUCAGCCCAGGUUCAGCAGGGAAGGGUGUUCAAGAGCCCCGGAGUCCAGGUGCGGCCCCAGGCUCACCUCCCCAGCAGCCUGUGGGACUGCCUGCAGAGAUCAGGGAAGACUACCGCCAGUGGAAACAGGAGCGUGAGCAGAUCGACCUGGCCCGCCUUGCCCGGCACAGAAAUGCACAGGGUGACUGGAGCCGCCCGUGGGACCUGGACAAAGCCAAGCCCAUGCCACAGGACAGCAACAAGCCUAGAGACAAGAUCUCGACCGUAGGCAGAAAGGGCCCUAGGACCUACCAGAAGCUACAAGUUGCCCCACCAUCCAUGGAUGGAAAACGUCGGGGUGGACAAUCUGGAAGAUCCUCAGUGACAGCCACCAUAGUCAGCAAAGCCCAGGGGAAGGAGAGGCUGACUGGCAGGGCCCGAAGGUAUGAUGUGAAGGAAGAUGAGAAGCUGCAGAACCAGGAGGGAAGCCAGAGCACUGCAAAGACUUCCAAUGCAGAGGAAGGACAUGUACAGAAGCAGCGUGAAAUGGAACCAGGCAGACAGGAGACCGUGCCUGCAACCAGUCCGGCUCUGGCCUCCCCAGAGGGGCUAAAAGGGGAACCAGGAACCUCUACAGCCAGUUUGGCCCUAGACUCCCCACAAAAUUCUGACUUGGCUCCCCUUGACCUCUCUCUAGGAGGGGCUUGCAGCCCCAAACCUGGAGAAAGCACAGAUGGGUUCAGUCCAAAGUGCGGGGCUCUGGAAAGUCCAGGGCCACAGCCAAACGGUUCUGAGCAGCAGAGCCUGGUGUGGGAUGACCACCAGCCUGGGCUGGAAGUCCACACUCAUGCUGAGUCACAGACAGAAGCCGAGGUCUCGGAACCCAAUGAGGACAGGGCCGCUAAGGCUGGGCCCCAGCAGAGCCUGGCACCAAGAAGCAGGCCCCCGAGAGGGACUGGCCAAAGGGCGAGAGGUACUAGUCGGAGAACCAGGGCAGGCGGUCCUGGCCCUGCAGGAAGAUGCUGAGCAAAGCUCAUGGAGUUGGGGAGCCAGGCUACGGAGGGGAGAGCUCAGUCCAGAGUCUUCGGUGUGGCAGGAGUCUGGCUGCUGGUCGCUUGUAACUUUCUGAUCGAGCAAAAUUCCGCAGGGACACCACACGAGGGCCUCUUAUGCACAUCUCUCUACACAAGUGGGUUUUCACAUGUAGGCAAGGCCCCUGGUGUAUUUGCCAGGCAGGGAUCUCUUGUUCAAGAAUGGUAUGCCUGGACUGGGCCUACUGCUACCUAGGAGAGGCCUUUCCCACAAAACAAGAGUUGGUAGUACCCCAGAACGUGGGUCAUUGCCAGGUCUCCCUCCCCAGUCCCAGCCUUCAGGUGCCUGAGCUUUAGGCGGUGCUCAAAGCUGGUGUGGCCAGCCCAGCCCCUUUCUGAUACCCAUGCCUUUCAUCCAGGUGACUCACAGUCCUGGUCUUCCAAGAUGGCCAACAAUUGCCUGAGGCCCAGAGAAAGUGGGUUGAGACUCACGGCUGACAGGAACAAGGGUUGGUGGAAGAAUAGAAUCCCGGGCUUCUUGGGGGAAAGGAGGCAUUGCAGGAAGGCCUCUUCUCUGACCUGGGCUAGGCUUCUCUUGUCCAUGGCCAGAGGGGAAGGGGAAGCUCACUAGCAGGUACUGAGCCUGCCUCUUCCAUAUCCAGAUCAGACAUCAUGGGCACCCUGAAUGGACCCUGCAGCCCAGGGCCAUCAUUUCCUGACCUCUUUUCCUUCUGCAUUUCCCCUCACCAGGGCCGUGCGAAAGCAAGCACAGAGAUAGAGGAAUAGCAACCGCAGCUAAGUACAUCAGGAGGUGUCUUUCUAACUCAGGCUCCAUGCAGGCCCCUCCCAUGAGGCCCACGUCUGGUGAAUUAUCCAGACUCUGCACAAGCUGUGGCUUCCUUUCAAUACAACAAACAUUUCCUGAGCGUCUUCUCCCAGCAAUCCAGCCGGUGGGUGAGGGGUGAUUCUACCAGCAGGAGUGGGGGAAGGAACUCAGGCAUCCGACAGCUCAAGGCUGAAUGGCAAGUGCUGUUCUGUCUGCAGAAGCCUGGCAGCCCUGAGGAUGAUAAGGGUAGGAGCCUGAAGAGAACCACCUCACCUUUGCUCCCCUCUUUUGAUGUGGCCUGUGCCCUUUGCUCCCGGGCCCUUAUCUGGAUGGCACCAUGCAGCCCUCUCCCCUUUCCUCUCCUUUCCUUAUGUGAGGGGGGGGGUCCACAUAAUCCUCUGAGACUCUAGGGAAAGCCCACACCAUCUCUAUCUGUCCGUGUGAGGCCGGAAACUUGGACUCCUGUCUUGGUCUUCCUUCCUGGCUCUUGGUUCCUUUUAUUCCCUCUACUCAGGCGAGGGAAUCCUCAAACAGGUCAGGUUGUUCAGAGAAUUUUUCUCACACUUCUGUGUGGCCCAUGGUGCAGGUUGAACUCAGUGGGGCUGGGGAAGGUCUGGAAGUUUGCAUUUCUGAGAAGUCCCAGGUGAGGGAGGCAUGGCUGUUCUUUUUUUGGCCUGAAGAACCCUUUGAGGAGUCGGGUUCUGGAGUGGAGUGUGUGAAGGGUUCAGGUUAGAGCGGAAGCUAGGCUGUGAGGCAAGUUGCUGGCUAUGCAGGAACUAGAAGAGUGUGUGUCUCCAAUGGAAGAGGUUUCCCAGCUUCAGAGGCUCCUGUGGAAGAUUCUUUGGGCAGUGGGUAGUGGAGUCAACUCUACAGUGUAUCAAAAGGAAGCUGACCAGGGAGGGAUAUGAUAGGUUGAACUGGGAGGGUCAGCGGAAGUUUGAAAAGGCAGAAAAACAUUCCUGUACAUGUGAGACAUGCCUAGGCCCGAGUGAAGGAUCCAAAUUCAUUUUUUUUUAUAUCUGCUUUCCAGUCUCAAGUAUAGGUCUUUGGAGUGUGACAUGGGCCCUGGAGCUCAUGACUCCUAAAAGAUGGAACUGAAAUAGAGUGGGUUCAGGCAGAGCUCUUGAACUCAGAUAUUGUGAAGAAAUGAUUGUGAUCAAGAAUUUGAAUUCUUGGCUGGGGGUGUAGGUUGGUAGAGUCCAUUCUUAACAUACACGAACCCCUAGGUUCAGUCUCUAGGAUCCCCAAGACAGCUGAGGUGAGGAGGGAAUAGGGGAGGGUAGAGAGUAAGAGAGGGAGAUGGAGGGGGAUGGGAGAGAGGGAGAGAGAAAAAAGAUUUACAAUUUGCUUCCCACUGGAUGUUGCCAACUCUUCAAUGUGCUGCACCAAAUAACACAGAGAAGCACGUGUUUGCCCACGGGCCGAGGAUGUAAAAACCUGGCAGGGUUCUAGCUGGUUCUUACAAAGGGUCCUAAGCAAGAGAAAGAGCUGGCAGGGAGUACUGAGAGGAUAUGGGGCUUUUCUCCAUGGGCAACAACCAUUCAGUAGACUGCUGGGGGAGCCAUCCUAGGGACUGGAGAGAACAGAAGCAGCCGACACAGGACAUCUUCAUUACAGAAGCCUGCAGUGCUAUCAAUAACACCAAGCUUUUCCUGGGGAAGGGGAGCUCUUCUCCAAGACAAGACAAGGGUGACACUCCCAGCUCUGUCCAGGGGUGGCCCGCCUGCUCUAUUACAGAGUCAACUAUGGAGCAGGAGAAAUCCAUGUCCAUGUCAUUAGGCUACAAAGAGCUGGUUGUGACUCUUCCUGGUCGCUUUGUUGAAAGGUCCGACCGAGAGCUUUCUCUUAGGAAGCACCUUCUUUCCAAUGACCUACAAAAGUAGGAGUCUUCAUUAGACAGAGCUCUAGAGAACCAGAUGCAGGGCUGGGAGGAACCGAGCAAGGAGGGGACCCAGGAGGACCCGGUAGGGAGACAACACAAAUCUUAUACAGAAACCUUGAAACAAAGAGAGCAGAAGGAAAGUGGAGAAAGGUUCAUGUUUUGAUCCCAGGCACCACGGUAGAGUAAAACACACCUUGGAGUCACUACAUAUGAACACUGGACCUCCCAUCCACCUUGGUCAACUUGAAGCUCUAAAAGCCUCUGUUUCCUUAUCUGCGAAAUGAGGCUUGCAGUCCAGCCUUGAAGGGGGUUGCUGAGAAAUCUAGAGUGUGCAAAACCUAACUGCACUCAGUAGACUCUGAUAAGAGCCGCCUGACACACAGAGAAUAUGUUGAAUAAAUAAGGUGGACGUUUGAUGUGA